AUGUUAUCGAUGACGCGAAGGAAGUGGGAUGUUACCGGUCUGCGCGAGUCGAGGAAAAAAAGGGGCGAUGAUGAUGAUUGCGAUCGCUCGGACAUGCGGAAAUCAGAGAUAUGCAUGUUUGUUCGAUGGGAGAUUGUCAUGGGAGAUUGUCAUGGGAGAUUGGUCUUGGGGAUCGUGGGAUGGCGGAGUUAG